AGUGUAAGGAGGACCAACAUUUCAUUCUCUUGUCAUUUCAAAUGUAAAAAAAGUUUCAGAAAUGGAGGAAAACUUUUUGAAAAAAGACUACCACUCCCUGACGAUCGACCACUAGGGACUCUGAAGAGUGCCUUGACCCAUUCCAACAUCAGGAUGUCGCUUUCCCCCAAAAUGGAGUGGAAGGCGAUCUUGAAUGAUUCGCCAGCGAAGAAACUUCGCCAAACGACCUACGACGCUUCUCUGAGUCCAACUGCUCGAUAUCGCAAUCCGCGAGUACCGCCAGAUGGAGAUGCUGGAAUGGGAGGAUUCAGAGGAGCUGCGGAUAUGCAACUACAUCGCGCCUGUCGAUGUAAUGACGGUCGACUCCAAAUCGACCUCAAUCUUCUGGACCCUGCAACCGCUGGCUUCCCUGAAACCGUUCCGCAUAGCUGGGACAUAGCUGGAUGCGUUUUAAGGCUAGAUGAAAAUUGUAGUAUAUAUGUCAGAGCUUGGAUUUGUCUCUGCUUUUGUGCUAUUCUUGAACGAUUCCCCGCUAGAUUGCUUUAGCACGCAAUCAACAAGUGUAACAAGGUUAAUAUUGAGACAUCGGCCCCAUAACACCGAAGAUUCCACCUUCGCUAAGCAUAGCUCGUCAACGCGAUGUCCGAGAAAUCACGCUACGAGCCUCACCGGCACCUGAUGAAAAGGACUGUCCACCACCUGAUGUGGCUGGACGAGGCAGGAUGGCAUCAGCCUCGUCUAUGCCUAAGACAGUAGGACAGUUGCGUCGCGUACUGUGCUACGAUCCAGAGGGAAGCCGUUUGACGUUUGGCGCAGUCUCCGGCGGCAGAAGUCGGAGCAACUCGACGUCGUGCUCACCAAGCAAGAGCAGUCGAUACAGCGGAGGUGGCUCUGUUGUUAAGAAAAGAUAAGUUCGAUGGUCCUCCCGUUCUUCACACGCUGAUACAAAAAAAAUGAGAAAUUCCACGACAGGAAUUACUCAGUACCUCCUUCUUGCAGCAUCUUCUAACUUCCUCGAAGACGCGGAAGCUCUUGGAAACGUGCUUCCAGACGACGUUGUGAUACUUCCGAGCACCAGUUCAUCUCCAUCCAGCUCUUCCAGGUCACCCUCGAAAUCGAACCAUGCUUCCUCGAACACAGCUGCUCUUGCAUCAUGCAAACGAAAGAAUAAGCCGCAAAAGGCUCGCUUGCUUGCCAUCGCGAGAGCAGCAGAGAUGCAACGAGACUUCGCACCGGUACCGACAGCGGGCUUACGGCAUUUAAUACUGAUCAAUGGAAGAUGGUGUCAAUAUCAACAUGAGGUGUAAUAGCAGCAUUCUCAUUAAUGUGUAGCAAGUCGUUGUCGUACUUAAUAUCGGCUUGCAAGGUAGUACAGACUAUCCUUGGUUGCACUUCUGCGGGUACUGCUACUAGGUCGUAGCUCUAAUCGAUCCAAGUGAUUGGAACAGUUUACACGACGAAGAGGGCCAAACAGUGCAAGAGUUCGCCGAGCGGCUCCUGAACCGUCGAGGCCCGCGACCAGCUGCAAGCAGAACUACGCAUAGCAGCGAAAGACGAGGUUCAGGUGUGCAUGCUGUUAAGACUGAAUCUUAGAUAGACUACUGACGCAGACGCACGAGUAGUCCGUGCUUAUGAGGGUGAGGUUUGCUGGCCAUGCUAAAAGAGAAGCAAGAAGGGCUUAUACCCUUAUACAUAGAUACUAUAGAUGUAGAUCUAUAAAAAUGGGAUCAGGUGGAUGAUCUUCCGCUGCUUCUAAUGCCAGAAUUGGAGCACUUGGAAGCGGGGGCGUGCAGGCAUCAGGUGGCAAUGGGUAUGGCAGUGAACGAUAUGUACUACUUACAGGACGUAGCUUGUUAUCUUUUAGAUGAUAGAUGAAAUGACUGAAGAGUCUGAGACGCAGAAGCUUCAAUCGCACAAUGCCGACAAAAAUAUGGUACGACCAAUGAGAUCACCUUCUACACAUCCUUUUUCCCCCCAUUUGCAUUUCGUUUUUCCCAGGAAAAAAAAAAGGUAGUUAGUUCAUGGCGACAAUGUCAUUUACCUUCUGCCCUGCGGCUCUUUGGAUGCAGCUGCUCAGAUCCGCAAGAUAGGAAGUUGGCUCACACCCGCUUCUUGUGCUCAAGCGGCGACCAAGGUUCGACUUCGAGGUGCGACAUCAAUAGGAGAUGCAGGAGGCUUGUCUAGUCGAGGGGUAAACGGCAUGAAUUCUUCGGCGGGAGCUGGCUUAGAAGGAAGCCCCCAGCGUGGGCGGGCAGGUGGAACAGGUAGUGGCGGAUCUUCGUCCUUGAACACGUGUGGCGUGCUCACAACGGAUGAUCGUGAGCGAGUGGCGUCGACAGUGGCGAAUAUCAUUUAUGAAAUGCAUCUUUACUUCUAUUAAUUAAAUUAGUAUAAGCAUAAGCAAGGUAGUCGUAGUUGCUAUACUAUAGAUUGAACUCUGAAUUGAAUUCUUCCAUCGAUUCACUCUUUUACAACUUGCGUCACCUAUAGAGGAGCAGCUCACUUCGGACGCCCGACGUUUCACAGGAAUCAUGCGUUGCAAAUCUAAAUCCCGGAGACGUCGAAUCGCGCGAGAACGCUCUCUCCGCCCUGCAAACCGUUGAGAAAAAAAGCUAUUUCGAGUUCCGUUUCUCCGAAGAAGAAGAACUUGCUCGGGACACCCAUGGUCGCAUCUGCAGGUAAAGCGGGAAGUCUCGCCAGUAAAAUGUCGAGCGCCUUGAGGAUGAACCUGCAGCCUCCCAGAGAUCAACCGACUCAGAAUGGCGGUUUUGGUUCAAGCGUUUCUUCGUCGAGUGCGGUGCGAACCUCAUUGUCCAUGUCUCCGACGAAAUCCUCAGCAUUGCAAAACAAGUCUUCACAAGCUGCGGCGAAUGAGCAGUUCGAAAGUCUUCUCACCGCACUACGCGACUACUGCGCAGCAUUUUUUUAUGACGCUCAACAAUGCUAUUGCUACCUAUUGCUAGUUGUACUAGUAAGUGUACGUGUGUGUUCCAACUUCGAUCAUUUCGUGACUGAGGUUGCUACACGCUCGCAUUUUACGUGAGUCUCCAACAUCUCGUUUCUCUCAAUUUUCGUCUGUUGACCACUCAUCUUUUGCCUUAGCAUCAUUUCUGUAGAAGCUUUAAUCCCAUGAAGGCUGCGAUGUACGACUGCUUCCGUACCAGCGGUUCAAAGACGUCAGCACUCGUCCAGGUUCUGCGUCACAUCGUCAGCUGCAUGCAGGGGAGCUUUUGAAGCAGUACCUGAUUCCACUGAAAAAACGGCAAUUCCCGGACUCUUACGCUUUGAUGGGCAUCACCUUUGAAGAUUUGUAUCCGUGCGAUGACUGUUAUGGCAUGAGGUCUGAUUCAUAAAGAAGAUCCAGAUCCAAUUUUUUAGGCACGACUUCUAGAAGCUAUGAUAGCCAUAUGGCAUGAGGUUCCAUUCAUGAAGAAGAUCCAACUUCUCAGUCACGACUUCUGGAAGCUAUGCUAGCCAUAAUGCUGGCAUGCAUCACAAGAUUUCGGGAUGAUCAUCACCAGAUCAUUCUCUAAGACAGGCCUUUCGUGUCCGGUCUAUCUGACACCCUUAACCGUGUGGGUGUGUGCAGUGGCGGCCGGUACUUCAUCGAAUGCACAAGUGGCUCUCGCGGUGGCAACAUCGCAGCUGGUUGUGGUGCUCUAGAAGAGCUCGACUUGUUUGUGCAGUGCUACGCGUCCGCGAAGCUUUUGAAACGCAUGUGCCGCGUUUUGACACACGAACUGUGCCAUUGCUUUCAAAUGAAUUAUGGGACGGGACGAGCGUGAGAUGAAAAAGAGAAUGACUAUUCUAGAACCUAUAGGGUAUACGUAGAAAGGGAACCUAUAGCUAUAGGGUAUACGUAGAAAGGUACCGAUAUUCGAUUUAAAGAUCCAUCGAUUAGUUGAGUCAGAAUCCACUCGUGUUACAUGCUGAUACCUACAGUCUUCAGGGUUUUCGUGCCACACUUUCAUACCAUGCAUUGCGUGGAUUUCAACUGCCUGAUGCAGGGUUCGAAGAACUUUAGUGAAGCAGAGGCCAAAGCCCUCGAUCUUUGUCCUGUUUUUAUGGCUUUAGGGUUGACUGUGAUGCAAGAGUAAGGCUAAGGGUACUUAUGUGUAUGUAGAGGCUUUUCAUGCGCAAAGCGAAUCCUUUUGAGUGGUGAAGGCAUUGAUGAUCUACCUACUUCCAUGAACAUCAGAGACCAAGUGCAAAACCAACACCACCUUCUAACUUUUGUCUCACGAAACUCUACCUGAUGAUAGAAAUGGACUGCACUGUUCGAUACCGGCGGAUGCGAGACUGAUAUGGCUGAGGAUGAUAGAACUCGACAAGUAUGUAAACUGAGUUGAAAUAGUGUCAGAGGUGAGGCGACCUUGUUGCAGAGCAGAUCGUCUAUUAUAUUACGACCAAUAGUACCACGAAUUCGAAUACUACGCAAUCUCUAACCCUUGGGCCUCCACUGGGCAUGUGUAGCAUGCGGUAGCGGCCGGGCGGUUGGUGCCAAAAUGUCGUCAGCCGCUUCAGGAAACAUGCAUAAAACCUCCACGUCAGCCCUGAAGAGUUCAGCCGCAAGCAGCAAGAGCUACAGUGCUGCACCUGCAACAAACGGAAUGAUAUCGACCGCGAUGGAGUACCUGGAUACUGCAGAUGGAAAUGAAGCAAACGAUUUCGAAGUAAAGUGUCAACUACUUUCCGAGUACGAGGAACAAAACGGGACGAUUGCAGAUAGCUGCACGAAUCCUUUUCUCCUAGUCCUUGGAAAGUACAUCUAUUGGUGUCAUCGGAGGGUUGCGGCGAUUGAUGGGGCGGCUGGUGUUUGAAAACAGUCAUAAACAUAAGUAGGCUACAUUCUCGUCUUCCUAGUCUUGGAUAUCCAUCCGGGGAUUUGCUCUUCCCGGUAGCUAACCUCAGUUCUGCUACUUCAUGUUGAAAGCUAAUGUAAUAUGGAACUGGAGGAAGAAUUUUGCCAAAGGAGAAGUGGUCAAGGUCAACUUCAGCGCGUCGCUAAAAUCAAUUGCCUUCAUGGCCUGCAAGAACAAUUACCUAUCCAAAGACUCUACCUAAAUUUCUCAU